CGCGAAGCUAAGGAAACCACCAUUUUGGAAGGAAGCGGUUAGAAGUUGUAUUGGGUUAGGAUUUGUUUUAGUCGUGGAGCGUGGCCGUCCCUGCUUGAGCUCCGGAAUGCUUGGCGAGCGAGUAGCCGACUUGUUUUGAGAUGAUUCAUGCUGUGUGUAAGCCAAGAUACUUUGAAAAUCUGGAUAUCUCAGUAGCCGAGCCCUCUUCUAAAAGGAUGAAAUCUACAGAAGAGCCUUAUGGUAAAUCCUAUGAUGGAUUACAAACACUUCAUGAGGAAAUACAUAUUAAAAAAACCCAUUCUGGCUUUAUUCCAUUGUCGCUAUCUGACGAUGAUGAAGAAGAGGAGGAAAAAGAGAGAGAGAGAAAGGAAGAAGUGUUAAACUCAUUUAACCAAGUACCUUCUGGUCAAACACCAAGUUCCACAGAAUGUUCAAGUUUAAUAAACAAAACUGAAAUUAAAGGAAAUGAUUAUUCUUUUGUUACUGACAACAGCAAUGUAACUCAUAAUGGAGAUAACAAUUUCAUUAAUGAACAUAAGAAUAAAGGGGAGAUGGAAUUGUACAGCACAAGCAAAGAAUUUAUUGGGCCCAUUUAUAAAAAUGAAAGUAAUUAUGAACAUAAACAAAAGCAAAAGUGUAUUGAAAACAACUGCUCGAAGAGAUCAAAUACUUUUACUAGUAGAAAUUCUCAGAAAGAAAUAGUGCAAGCUAUCUUCUGUGAUAUGCCAAAAAUAGAAGAUGAAUUGUCACAGUUCUACAGGGAAAUUGAUCAGCUUGAAAGUAAUGAAAGUUGUCUGGAUACACAUUUACAGGGGACAGAAGCAAAUCCACCUCAUCCACCUCUGGACUGUAGUAAAUCAAAUCAAGUCAUUUAUUUAAAGUCUCAAGAAUUAUCUCAUAAGACAUUACUUAAGAGUAAUGAGGGACAUUGUUUUUAUAAUGAAUCAAAUGGUUAUAAAACUGGCAAAGACCAAUACAUUUGUAAUGAUACAACUGGUCACAGAAUUGGCAUGGAACAAAGUGAACAUGGAAGAAAUGCAUGGGAAACCAAACAACCGUGUAAUAAACAAGGUUCUAGAUUCUGGAAUGAUUUUGUACCUCAGUUUAGGCAUAGUGGGCCACAGACCCAUCCAUUUGUAAUACCUUACAACCCACCACAUCAAUUUACUGCUCACUUUAAUUUUCAUGACUCUAAUUCUUCAUCACUUUGUUCAGAUGGUUUCAAUUCUUCAAAUACAGAAUUUAAAAAAAUUAACAUGAACAGUUCAGACUUUGAUCAAAGUAAUCCAUACAGUAAUCACUCCAAUAUUCAUAGUAUGCAUACAAUCAGAAAUGAAUGUAAUGUACCUGAUGGAUAUAUGUUUAAUGGUUUCUGUGAAACUCAAGCAAAUUGGAAAAACACUAAAGCUCCCAAUUUUGAGGACUCAAACAAUGUUCCCCAACAGCAUUCUCAGGACAAAUAUGUGUUUAAAAAGCGACUUUUAAUAUUAAGAGGACUUCCAGGCUCCGGAAAGACAACCUUAUCUCACAUUCUCCUCGGUCAGCUUUGUAAUGGCACUGUAUUCAGUACUGAUGAUUACUUCCAUCAGAUCAAUGGAUGUUGGACCUAUAAUGUUUCUCAGCUUGGUGCUGCUCAUGAGUGGAAUCAAAAUCGAGCAAAAGAAGCAAUGGAUCUAGGAAGAUCCCCAAUUAUUAUAGACAACACAAAUACACAAGCCUGGGAAAUGAAGCCUUAUGUAAAAGCGGCUCUAGAAAAAGGCUACCAUGUGGAAUUCCAUGAACCAGAUACAUGGUGGAAGUUUAAUCCCGAAGAACUAGAAAAGAGGAAUAAACAUGGGGUUAGUCGUGAGAAGAUUGUGCAAAUGCUGGAAAGAUAUGAAUAUCAAAUCUCAAUACCCAUUGUCAUGAAUUCAGUGCUUCCUUUUCAUAAAACUUCACAAAGACCAUAUUUACAAAGAAGACAGAGGUGGGGAGACAGUUUAGUCUCUUGGAAUACUUUUAAUGUAUCACAUAAACAAGGAUAUAUUUAAGGUCAAUUUUCUUUAUCAAUAUUAGGUUGCAAUAUACACAGAGUUAAAUCUAUUGAAAAAACUUAAUUCCUUGUUGAUCUGUUUUAAAUAAUCAGUUAAUUUCUUUUGUGACUAAAAUAGGUUUAAUGUAGAUUAAAUAUCUUGGAAUUAUUUAUAAAAAUGUAAAUGUUUAAUAUUAAAAUGUUAAAUACUUUCACAUUUUAUAUUUGUACUAAUCUUGAUUUUACUGAAACUUGCGAUAAUGCAGAUACAUUAAUCACUGAUUUUUAGUGCAACAUUUUACUUAUACCACAAACUGCUGAGCAGUUUCUUUUUCUCAAUAGAAUAUCAUGAAUUUUUAAUAAACAAAUAACAGUAGGGUAACUUUUAAUAUAGGAAUUAUAUUUGAACUAUUUUUUUUUCUGCUUUUAGUAGCAUCUCAAGUUCUGCAUAUCUAUUGAUAACAGAUAUAAUUAUGAAGCUUAUUCAUCAAACAUUGACAUUCAGCUGAAGUUCUUAUGUUUCCAUUUUCUGAUCUGUACAGAAUUUUAUCUGCAAGUUGUAAGUUGCAAAAGUGGUAGCAAAACUGCAGUUAAAAUCUGUGACUUUGAAUAUCAGCAUGCAGCAUGCGGUUUGUAUUCUUACAAAUCGGUUUUCACGUAGAAUUAUCAAAUUCUAAAUCCACAUUAUUAUGGUAUGUUAAAUGUGCCUUUUGAUAUGGGUGCAUAAUUUCCUUACAAAAGAAUGAAUACAUUCAAAUAUGUUGAAAAUGUGAAACUGACAUUACUUACACCAUAUUACAUUUGGCUAGGAUUAUAAUAUAUACAAUAUCCAGUUCAUGAUAGGUUUGUGGCAGAAUUCACGAAAGGUCUUUAUGCCAAUGCCAUAUAAUAAAUUGGAUGCCUCUUUUUGCAUGGUUUUAUAUUACUGCUUCAGCAAUCCGGUCUCAGUGAAAUUGAGUAUUACAUCAGGCUCCAUUUCUUCAUGGGAAUCUUUGAGAGUUAAAGAGUAGCAUGCCCUGUAAAGUUCCUAUAAGUUAUUAAGAACUAUUGGUAGAAAUAAUUUGGCCUUCAUGACUAAAUUUUUUUAAAAAAAUAAACUUAUGCAGUGCCUAAUAGCCAAGCUCAGUGAUGAAAUCUGAAAAAGUAAAAACAUUUAUUAAAGCAGCACCCCGAAAUACAAUUUAAAAACACGCUUCCAUACUAUUUCUAGAUAAUCAGAUUAUUAAUAGAAACAUUCACUUCGUCUCUCAUGUCUAGGCCGACAUGUUGUUUAUGAAUCUACUGAAUUGUAUAGAAAACUUUACUUAUAUUGUAUGAUUUUUUGUGAAACCUUCAGCAUUCCACCACAUGGAAUUAUACUUUGCUCUUUUAACAGUGAAUUCAAAUGUAGGGUAGGUAGAUCAUUCUACACCAGGAGUGUCAAACUGCUGGCCAACGGGCUGGACGUGUCAUCCGGAAGCCACGCCCACUCCAUUGCCGGCAAUGGCAAAACCAUCCCAAUAGGUUGCACAACAUCACACGACGUGAGUUUGACAUGUCUGUUCUACACCUACAGAACUCUUAUGACAACUUCACCCUCAGGUCACCCUCACCCUCAAUUUCCAAAUGUUCACCAAAGACCAUGUUAGCUGGGAAGGGAAAUGAAAUCAACACAUCUGUAGGGCUCCCAGAUUGAGGAAAGGUACCUCAUAAUGUGGAUGGAAUAUUAUAUUUAUUAGUUAAUACUAUAGCUAAAUGAUUUUUUUUUUCAACCGUCACAUUCGAGAACCCCAAAUCUCUUUAACUACAUGGUAAUAUCUGGCAAUAUUAUCUACUGAUGUGCAGUUUUGAGUAUCUUUUUUUUCUACAACUCUACUUUUUUUACUUUUUUAUUAUUUAUUAUAAGUUUAUACAAACAUAGUUUUCUGUGUCGUGUGUUUCUUUUUCUUUUAAAAAAUAAACACAUAGAGGAUUGACGCAUCAUGCAAAUGAGACUCAAAAUCCAGAUUGAAUUCUGGAUAUUUAUUAAUUUGUGUGUGUCCUAAUCAUUAAUGUAUUGCAAAAUAUGCAUGUUAAAAACUACUAAAUAGAAAUAAUUAAAAGAUAUUUUGGAUAA